AUGCACUGUGUAUAUGAAAUAUCUAAUACUAAUCAAGGUAAUAAAAUUGAUAAAAUAGAUAUAAAUAAUAAAGUAAAUAAAGCAGAUGAAGUAAAUAAAGCAGAUGAAAUGAAUGAAGCAGAUGAGGCAGAUGAAGUAGAUAAAGCAGAUAAAGCAGAUAAAGCAAAUAAAGCAGACAAGCAGACAAAAUAA